GCAGUCAUAUUUCCAACCACACACACAUACACACAUGCUAAAAAUUGGCCGUAGAAUAAAUUCCGAUAACAGAUAUUUUGACAAGGAUUUGUACUUGUCAAUUACAAAAAAAAUCUAUUUGUAACAUUUAUUAUUAGAUAUCUGUAUAAAUAUAAGAAAUAACAUAUUUGAUUAUAAACAUUGUCGCAAUGUCUGACGAUUUUGAUAUCAAAAGCUUGCCAUACGACUUUAAGUCUGUCUCAAAACCUUCCGAAACUAUUAAUAGAUUGUUAGAAAGGAAAAAAUAUGAACAUAAUAAGACAAUGGAAUGGAUGCGAAACAAGAUGGCAGAAAUUAAUUUAGUAAUGGAUCAAAAGAUUAAAGACAGUGCUGAAGAAGUAAAAAAGACACUAGCUAAAAUAAAGGAGGAUGUUAAGGUUUUUCUAGCUACGGUUAAGUCAAAGACUGAGGUAAAGGAAUUUCCAGAUAAUUAUUUGUUUACAUCAUUGAAAGUCUUAAAAAACUUUCACGCAAAUCAACACAUUGCCGUAGAUGAAUUUUGCAAAUUUAUGCACGAUACCGAACAAAUAAGAAUGCAACAGUUUAAAGAUGUGUUAAAAGAGUCAAAAACUAAAUGUGACGCAAUAGCACAUGAACUUCCUUUUGUAUUGGAUGAAAUGUUUGAACUAGAAAGUCUGGCACUAAACCAAGCUACUAUGAAGAAUUAUAAAGAUUAUGCAGAGAUUGAACAAGACCUAAAGCUUCAAAUAAUAUAUGAUUUUAAACAAUGGACAGCUGAAAUUAUGAUAAUUAAGGAUCUACUUAGGGAACAUUUAAGGAUUAUGGUAAAAAAAUCAAUACCAUUCGCCGGAGAAACCCUCUCAAGAGAUCUAAGUAAAACGACGUCAUUUUUAUCGCCUGUAGAACUUCACAGGUUGGAUUCGCUUAAAUCCGAGUUUGUAUAUGCCUUUUUUGACCAAACGGCGAGGAACAUUGUCUCACUUUACAAAUCAGUUAUUCCUAUACUCUUCCACCGGUUCCUGGACGAGCUCGAUGAAAUCAAACAUUCAAUGUGUAUCGCUGGAAUCUGUCAUAAAAAGGAAAUCGAAGAUUUUAAAUGUGACAUUUACACACCUACUGUGGAGCAACUGAAUAUUGAGUACACUUACCAAUUGGAGGAAUUACAAAACUUCUGGGGAAAUAGCAUAGAUGAAAUGACUGACACCAUAAACGAAACGUAUAGUUUUCUAAUAGCCGCAGCCUGUUUGUGGGACCAACAUUUUAUCCGAGUUAAAGAACUUCAAGGCGUUGUUCUUAAAGAUAUAGAGGAAACUAUAAGGAGAAACGGACACUUGACAGAUACGUACGAAGCUAGUUUGAACAUAGAAAUUGAAAAGCUUAGGGAGGGAAGUAAUGAGAAAGCUUUGUCAAAUGCUUUAGAUAAUAUUUAUAGCAUACUAGACAAAAUGGAACUGUCUUACAAAACCCAAAGUGUCAACGAAAUGGAAGUCGUUAACAAAUAUAAAAAUAUGAUGGAUUUAGGCAUAGAAGUUCUAAUGGCUGAAAUAAAAAGAUUUCUUGACAUACAUCCUCCGGAUCUAGAGAUGGACCCUAAGAUACAGAGGAGACGAGCAAGUCAAAUGACCCUCCAAGAAAGUGAAGAUCCGAUCUUGCCAAUUCAGAUUCUAUACUGUGUGUUUCAAGUCGAUGCUGUUAAAAACUGGAUGUUUGGUUUGUGGGAAGCUAUCGAGCAAUACUUUGCUACAGGACGGCAGGAAAUAGAAAAACUUACUGAAGAGUGGGUGGAGAUACAAAAACAAAAAAUAAAGGAGAGAUAUGAUACGAAAAUAGCUUUCCAUCGCCCCAGGUAUCUGCACAUUAAGUAUUCCAUCCACGAAAAACGACUAAGGGGGUUAAGAUUUGUUGAAAAUACUAGGAAACAACUAAGAGCCUACAAAAGCAAAUAUGACGAGAGUUGCAACCGUUGUUGUGAAGAAUACGAAGCCGAAUGCUAUAAGAUAGCUAACGAACUUGGAAAUAUGAAUUCCUCUUCUGAAAUUCGUGGCUUUGUCCAGACAAUAAAAAACCGGUUGUUACCUAUGGAGCAAAAAUUAAAUGAUCUCUCAGAGGGCUACCAAACUAUGUGUACGAGCUUUUUGAAUGACUUAAAGACGUCUAAUUAUAAAUUUAUGAAAAGUAUAAGGUUGUUUUCCGAAAGUGGUAAUUUCAGCCUUCAAGAAGUAGCACUUACUCAAACUCAACUGCUCAGACUAGAAGAUACAUCUAACAAGCAGAUUGAGACGAUUAUAUUGACAACAGAAACUUCUCGAGAAAAAUAUCUAGCUCGAAUCCGAUUAUCAGAAGCAAAUAUGAUUGCUAAUGUUGACGAAUACAUUCGAGAACAUGAAUAUACCGAACGAGUAGUAAAAAAGAUUCAGAAAACCCAACGUGAACUCACAGGAAUAGCGCGAAAUUUACGAGAAAGAUUCAAAGUAACUGAAAAAGGAUUGAAAGAUGUUUAUGAAGAAGCUAAAGAGAAUUUGGGGAAGAUGGAAUAUUUAGAAAGUUUUGAGUCAAAAAUCGAAGCAUGCUUAACGGAGGUUUUUAAGAGUGCUAUCAAAGGAAGACAAAAUAAAGAUUACAUUGGCAUGCUACUAAAUAAGCAUCAAAAUUUAACAGGAGAAGAUUUUAUUUCUAAAAGUGUAAAACUCGUACACGAUUCAUUUUUAGAACUAGAAGAAUUUGCUAAAGAAUUUUAUCACAAACAACAGAUUAAUUACUUGGAUUCUUCAAAACUACAACCAUCUUUAGACGAUUGCAUGCAGGAAAUACUACAAAAAUAUAAACCAUACUUACUUCAAUGUGAGAUAAGCUGGAUAGAAAACUUGUCGUCUUUCCUGGCCUUACUUAAGAAUAUAGAAACCUUUCGAGAAAAGUUUAUUACAUCAUUUGAGAAUGUUUUUUGUAAAAUAUGUCUAGAAAGACUACAACUAGCAAUUGACGAAGUUUAUAGUCGACUUAACGAGCAAGCUGAACGAUUUAACAAGAGAUUAAAGGAGGUAACAUUAUUAUAUACUAUGGAAAAUAUACAAAAGUACUUUACCAAAUCGUCUAGUCUACAAUUGGAAACCGUUUUUCAAAGUCUCAGUUUAGAUUCGCUUUCUUCCCAAAAAACAUACGAAACUCCUGAAAGUUUCCUGUUGGUUCUGCAAGAAAAAAUAACAUCAACAAACCAAGGAAUUGAUGAUUUUCUGGACAAUAAAAUAAUAAAAGCCAACGAAGACUUCAAGCAGACUUGGGCCGAAGAUAUUAAGUACAUUUUGAACCUUUAUAAACUCAAAUAUGAUAAUAAAAUAUUUUAA